CUCAGCCUACCCUGUGGCCUGUACCUGCAAACUCCACGCUAGUCUGCGGUGCUGCAGAUCCUCUCGGGCCUCGAGAGUUCAGCUGCGGGCCGAGACUCUCUGUUUGACGAGGCGCAGUCGCGGUAGGCGGUGGGGACGGCUGCCCGGAUCGGAGGCUGAGGCCCUGCUCCCCGCUCCAGCAUGGCGGCUGCAGUACGCGCUGCGGGCCGCCUUCCUGCGCUGUGCGGCGGGCCGGCGGGUCAUUUAUGGUCCAGGCAACUUUCUCUAAAUGCCUUUCCAGUCACUUCCAUUUUGGCAUUGAGGACUACCGUCAACAAUGGCUCAUCAUUGGGAACUGGAGACAACCGGCAGUACACCAGCUUGAGCCAUGCGCUGCAGACACAAUGCUGUAUUUCUUCUCCCACUAGCUGGAUGGGCCAGCAGUAUAGACCAUAUAGUUUCUUCACUAAAUUGACAGCAGAUGAGCUAUGGAGAGGUGCUUUAGCAGAGACUGGUGCUGGAGCAAGAAAAGGAAGAGGCAAAAGAACUAAGAAAAAGAAGAGAAAGGAUUUGAACAGGGGUCAGAUCAUUGGCGAAGGGCAUUAUGGUUUCCUGUGGCCUGGUCUGAAUGCCCCUCUUAUGAAAAAUGGAGCAAUGCAGAACAUUGCCCAAAGAAGCAAGGAAGAGCAGGAGAAAAUAGAGACUGAGAUGAUCCAGCAGAGAGAAGAGUGGGACCGCAAGAGGAAGAUGAAGGUUAAACGAGAGCGAGGAUGGAGCGGAAAUUCGUGGGGCGGCGUCAGUCUUGGUCCCCCUGACCCUGGUCCCAAAGGAGAAACAUACGAGGAUUUUGAUACCAGGAUACUUGAGGUAAGAAAUGUUUUCAAUAUGACAGCAAAAGAGGGGAGAAAGAAGUCUGUCCGUGUCCUGGUUGCUGUGGGAAAUGGACAAGGAGCAGCAGGUUUUGCCAUUGGGAAAGCCACCGAACGGGUAGAUGCUUUCAGAAAAGCAAAGAACAAAGCAAUUCACUAUUUGCAUUACAUAGAACGAUAUGAAAACCAUACAAUAUUCCAUGAUAUUUCUUUAAGAUAUAAAAGGACACAUAUCAAGAUGAAGAAACAACCCAGAGGUUAUGGCCUCCACUGCCAUAGAGCCAUCAUCACCAUCUGCCGGCUCAUUGGCAUCAAAGACAUGUAUGCCAAGGUCUCUGGGUCCGUCAACAUGCUCAACCUCACUCGAUGCCUCUUCCGUGGGCUCUCCCAACAGGAAACACAUCAACAGCUGGCUGAUAAGAAGGGUCUUCAUGUUGUGGAAUUCCGGGAGGAAUGUGGCCCUCUGCCCAUUGUGGUUGCCUCCCCCCAGGGACCCUUGAGAAAGGAUCCAGAGCCAGAAGAAGAGGUUCCAGACAUCAAACUGGACUGGGAAGAAGUGAAGGCUGCACAGGGCAUGAAGCGCUCCGUGUGGUCAGGAUUAAAGAGAGCUGCCACGUAACCUUUCUGGCCUUGUACAGCCGUCCAUGCCUAGUGCUUGCUGUUCAGCACCUAGGAGAGAGACUCAGCAUCUCACACCUUGGAAUGUUGCCUUUUUUUGGAGCCGGGGCUGAGGAGAGUUCAACCUUAUCUCCUUUGUUUACAAAUAAAUGAAAAUAGCUCUCAUUUAUUGAGUACAUGGUAUGUGCCAGUCAAUGUGAUAAGAACUUUACAUACAUAAUUUCAGUUCAAGCCUAUUUUAAAUAGUCAUUUAAACUAACAAACGUAAGUGAAUUAGGGAGACAGAGCUGAUA